UAUCAUCUCAAAUGCUCAGAGCUGGAACUACACACAUUUUAGGUGUGUGUACUGGUCAAAAAAAAUUAGUGAGUAAUAAAGUCAAAGUGAAAAAUUUGAUAAUUAUACUUAACUCGUUUAGAGGACAAGUUAUUCAAAAGUCAAGAUGUCAUUCAGCUUAAGUCUUGCUUCAAAAGCACCAUUUCUUGCUUACCCAGCAUUGAUUGCUGUUGGGUUUGUCAAUUCCAGUGAUAACGAUGUUUCUAUCCCAGUUGAAUUUAUUGAUGAAAAAUCGGUUGAUUCUAGUAAUCCUAAUGCUAUUGUUAAAUUAGUCACUCCUGAAGGUAAAACUUAUUUUGAUCAAGUUGAAGUUUUAAACUACUUGGCUGAAAAAUUCCCAGCUAUUUUACCAGGACAAAAAGAAUCACAAGAAUGGGUUAAGUUUGCUUUAGAAAAAUUAGCUAAUAAGAACUUUAAAGAAGUUUCGGUUGAAUUAGAAAAAUUAGAUGCUCAUUUGAACUUCAGAUCCUUCUUUAUUGGAUACAAUUACUCUUUGGCUGAUAUUGCCACUUGGGGUGUUUUAAAAUCCAAUACUGUUAUGGCUUCAAUUCUUAAAAAUGAAGUUUGUAUCAAUGUUACUAGAUGGUAUAACUUUUUAUCUAAUGAUAAAAGAUUCGAAGGUAUUGUUGAAAAUGCUACUAAAUCAAUUGUUGAGUUAAGAAAGAAUUUAAAAUCCAAAGCUGGUGGUAAGAAAGAAACCCAUAAAGCUAAUUUUGAAAUUGAUUUACCAAAUGCUAAAAUUGGUGAAGUUGUUACUCGUUUCCCACCUGAACCAUCGGGAUAUUUACAUAUUGGACAUGCUAAGGCUGCCAUUCUUAAUGAAUAUUUUGCUCAUGCUUAUAAAGGUAAAUUAAUCAUUAGAUUCGAUGAUACUAAUCCAACUAAAGAAAAAGUUGAAUUUCAAGAUUCUAUUAUUGAAGAUUUAGCUUUAUUAGGUAUUAAAGGUGAUAAAAUCACUUACUCUUCCGAUUACUUUGAUACCAUGUAUGAUUUAGCUAUUAAAAUGAUUAAAUUAGGUAAAGCCUACUGUGAUGAUACUCCAUUAGAAAAAAUGAGAGAAGAAAGAAUGGUUGGUGAUGCUUCUGCUAGAAGAGAAAGAAGUGUCGAGGAAAAUUUAAAAAUUUUCACCGAAGAAAUGAAAAACGGUACUGAAGAAGGUUUAAAGAAUUGUUUAAGAGCUAAAAUCGAUUAUAAAGCUUUAAACAAAGCUUUAAGAGAUCCAGUUAUUUAUAGAUGUAACUUAACUCCUCAUCACAGAACUGGUACUCAAUGGAAAAUGUACCCAACUUAUGAUUUCUGUGUUCCAACUGUUGAUUCCAUUGAGGGCGUUACUCAUUCUUUAAGAACUAAUGAAUAUAGAGAUCGUAACCCUCAAUAUGAAUGGAUCAUUAAUACUUUAGGUUUACGUAAAGUUGAUAUUUGGGAUUUCGGUAGAGUCAAUUUCGUUAGAACUUUAUUAUCUAAGAGAAAAUUACAAUGGUUUGUUGACAAACAAUUUGUUUCUAAUUGGGAUGACCCAAGAUUCCCAACCAUUAGAGGGGUUAGAAGAAGAGGUAUGACUGUUGAAGGUUUAAGAAACUUCAUCAUUGCUCAAGGUCCAUCUAAAAAUAUCAUUAAUUUGGAUUGGUCAGUUAUUUGGGCUUUGAAUAAAAAAGUCAUUGAUCCUGUUGCUCCAAGAUUCACCGCUGUUGACGCUGCCAACGCCGUUCCAGUCAUUUUACUGAAUGGUCCAGAAUCUAAUACUGUUGAGGAAAAGCCUAAACAUAAAAAGAAUCCAGAAGUCGGUGUUAAAAAAGUUAUUUACUCUAAUAAAGUCUUGAUCGACCAAGAGGAUGCUGCUUCUUUUGCCGAUAACGAAGAAGUUACUUUCAUGGAUUGGGGUAAUGUUAUCGUUGAAAAAAUCCAUAAAGAAGGUGAUAUUGUUAAAUCAAUUGACGCUAAAUUACACUUGGAAGGUGAUUUCCGUAAAACUUCUAAAAAAGUUACUUGGUUGGCUGAUACUUCUGAUAAAGUUGAAGUUGAAUUAAUUGAUUUCGAUCAUUUAAUCACCAAGGACAAAUUAGAAGAAGGUGAUGACUUCGAAGACUUCCUUACUCCUCAAACCGAAUUCCACAGUAAGGCUAUCGCUGAUCAUAAUGUCAAAUCAUUAAAAGCUGGCGAUAUCAUUCAAUUUGAAAGAAAAGGUUAUUUCAGACUUGAUCAACCUUAUGCUGAAGGUAAAACUCCAGUCUUCUUCACCAUUCCUGAUGGUAAGACCGUUUCAAGAUACGGUGCUAAGAAAUAAGCUUCACUCUAGUGCAAAUCUCUAAAUACACUUUUUAAAUAGUCAAUGUAAAGGUAUCUUGA